AGGGGAGCGGGCGGACAUAGAGGAGGAGGAUGACCAGGAGUCUUUCUUUCGCUACAUGGAGGAGAACCCUAAUGCCGGCGUCAUCCUCACGUACACGGAGGACGGAGUCGAUAUCGAAUACGACAAGGACGGAAACCCGAUACCACCCGAGAGGUCAAAGGUCAUAGAUCCGCUGCCACCGAUCGAUCACUCCACGAUCGAAUAUCGUCCGUUUGCGAGGAACUUCUACGUGGAACAUGAGGACAUCGCCGCUCUGUCAUCCCAGGAGGUUGCCGCUCUACGCAGCAAGUUCAACAUACGG